AUGCAGAAAUUUAGACAAGCUCAAGCAGAAAAUAAAAUAGCAAUUAAGAAACAUUUAGAAACAAAUGCCUACUUAGAGUCAUCCAGUGAGGAUGAAGAUGAUAGAAAUGAGGAGGAUACACAGAAUGUGGUUCAAAAAGUACUAUUUACCUAUCAAGGAAAAGAAGCAGAUGUAGAAAAAAUUUUAUAUUUAAUUAAUAUUUUUCAAUCUAGUAGUGCUGUUUGCUUAAUAUGUAUUUCGACUGUUAAAAAAGCAGAUCCAAUUUGGAACUGCAAAAAAUGUUUUGCUUUUCUGCAUCUAUCUUGCAUUUUACAUUGGAUACGAGAUAGUUUGAAUGUUAAACUUGAAAAAGGUAUAACACCAAUAUGGGCAUGUCCAAAAUGCCGUAUGGAAUAUGGGCAAGAUGAAGUUCCUAGUUAUUAUACAUGCUUUUGCAAAAAAUUCAUAGAUCCUCCAUAUUGUCCAUGGCAUAUUCCACACUCCUGUGGAGACAUAUGUGGCUCAUUCCUACAACCAAACUGUGGUCACAAAUGUGUUUUACUUUGUCAUCCUGGACCAUGUCCCCCUUGUGCAAAAACAGUAUGUGUCACAUGCUAUUGUGGUAAGCAAAUACCUCAACAACGGCGAUGUAAUGCCAAAGAAUGGAGUUGUGGUACUGUAUGUAAUAAAAAAUAUAAAUUGUGUUUUCAUACUUGUAAAGAAGUAUGUCAUUCUGGAGAAUGUCCUCCUUGUUCAGAGGUAUUACUAUUAGAAUGUCAUUGUAAAAGUAAUAAAGAACUAAAGCAAUGCUCUGAAGGACCAUGGACUUGUGAUAAGCCUUGUAAUAGAUUUCUCUCUUGUAACAUUCACAUAUGUCAAAAAAAGUGCCAUUUAGAUGGCGAUUGUGGACCUUGUCCAUUGGAAAAAAAUAGAACAUGUCCAUGCGGGAAAAAACGUUAUGCCAUUUCAUGCAAACAAGAACAUUUGCCUACAUGUGGAGAUACAUGUGGAAAAUUAUUAAAUUGUGGUUCACAUUACUGUAACAUGAGAUGUCAUAUAGAUCGAUGUGGACAGUGUUUAGAGGUAGUCACAAAAUUGUGUAGAUGUGGUAGCUACCAAAAAGAAAUUGCAUGUGGUAAGGAAUUCCAUUGCAAUAAGAAAUGCGUGCAAAUGCGUUUAUGCGGAAGACAUCUAUGUAAUAAGAAAUGCUGUGAUUGUCUACGUAAAAAUACAUAUAACAUAUGUGAAAAAAUUUGCGAUAAUACUUUAAAUUGUCGAAAACAUAAAUGUGUUGCUCCUUGUCAUAGUGGUCCUUGUUAUCCAUGCACACGAAGUGAUGUUGUUCAAUGUAAAUGUGGAUAUAAUAAGAUAACAGUUCCAUGUGGUACAGUAAAAAGAAUCAGACCUCCAAUUUGCAAUAAGCCAUGUAAAAUACCACCAAUCUGUCAUCAUCCCAAAAGAGAAACUCACAAAUGUCAUCAAGGCCCUUGUCCACCUUGCAAAAAGACUUGUGGCUUGCUAUAUAAACGAUGCGGUCAUUCUUGCACCUCUGUAUGCCACACAAAAGUUUGGGUGAAGGUAAAUAAAAAUGAUAUAAAGACACAACCAGCAGGACCAUGGAACAUACAAAAAGAAACUAUGCAACUAAAAACAUUACCAUGUCCUCCAUGUGAAGUCUCUGUACCAGUUACAUGUUUAGGAGGACAUGAAACAUGUCCAUGGCCUUGUCAUAUGGCCAAAUCUACUUCUUGUGGAAGAGUAUGUGGAAAAACAUUAUCAUGUGAGAAUCAUACAUGUGAAUUAAUUUGUCACAAAAUAUCAUCUUCUGAAUGUAUGGAGUGUGAAAAACCAUGCCUAUUUCCACGACCACAAGGUUGCACACAUUUAUGCCCGAAAAUUUGUCAUCCUGCACCAUGUGACCCUUGCAAGCAACUAGUUAAAGUACUAUGCCAUUGUGGUAUAAGUACUUUAUAUUACAGAUGUUCUGAACUAACAUCAACCAAAACUGAACAACGUAAUGAAUUAUUUAAAUGUGGUAACCAGUGUCCAAAAAAUUACCCUUGUGGACAUCAAUGCAUUGAUGAUUGUCACCCAGGUCCAUGUAAAAAUGAAAAAGAAUGCAAGAAGAAAGUGAAGCUGUUUUGCGAUUGUAAACGUAUAAAGAAAGAUUUUAUUUGUUCAAUAGUGCAGAGGGAAGAUAUUCAUAUAAAAUGCGACGAUGUUUGUAACACAAUAAAGAACGAAAAACGUCAAGCUGAAACAGCUUUAUUAGAACGAAAACGGAAAGAAGAAGAAAUACGUAAUCAAAAGGAAAUUGAAAAGUUUGAACGAAAAUUCAAACCCCGUCGUAAAGGAAAAGAUAAGUUCGAUAAAAAACAAUUAUUAAAUAAAACGCAUAAUAAUUAUAGAAAAUAUUGGAGUUUAGCUAUUUUAAUAUGUUUAAUAAGUAUUGUAAUAUUUUAUGUGAGUGUCCAAUAUUCUUGGAUAAAAUUGAUUUAUUAA